UUGCUGACUUACUGGAAACAGACAAAGCUCAGUAGAAAUCAAAGGUUGCAGUCAAUAAAUGACGUACGUGAUUUCCAACUGACAAAUAACAGGUGAGGAAAUAAAUGGAACAGAACGUGUAGGAGAAAAUCAGCAGAAUUACCGUCGAAAGGAAAGAAAAAAUAAAAGAUUCCCCAUCAACUAAGACGGGAGGAGCUGAGAGAAGACCAGGCCCGUACAGAAGACAGCCAUGACACUGAUAAUUGUGGCUGCGGGUUUAUUUCUUCUUUCCUGUCCGGAGUUCGGUGUUGAGGGGUCCAGCCUGAAAACGACAUCAGAAAAUGGACUGUACGAAUGUAAACUAAUUCAUUCCAUCCCGGUACUUGAGGUCGUUCCCGGCGGAGGAUGGGACAACCUCAGGAACAUCGAUAUGGGCCGAAUAAUGGACAUCAGCUACCAUCAGUGCAAAACUACAGAGGAUGGGGCUUACCUCAUCGCAGAUGAGAUCUUCGUGAUCCAAAAACACAGUGGUUUGGAUAUCCACUCGGAGAUCAUCGAAAACUGGAAGUACUAUAAAAGCACCACCGCAUCAUCCAUUAACGCAGAAGUAUCCUUCUUCUCCUUCCUCAAUGGCAAGUUCUCCAAAAAUACCCAGAGGGUCAGAAUUCAUGAAAUGAAUGACAAGACUUUCACGGCUCGGACUCAGGUCAGGAAUUUCGUGUACAAAGUGAAGUCCUCAGUCUCUUUCAAACUGGAUUCCAGGUUCAAGCAGCAUCUGUUGGCGAUUGGAAGCCACAUGGAGAACAACCGCAGCAGUGCUGCCAGGUACGAAUCAGAAAUGCUAAUUGUAAACUAUGGCACGCACGUCCUCACCCAACUGAACGCUGGUGCUAACUUGCUGCAGGAAGAUGAGGUUAAACAGUCAUUUCUGUCGGAGACCACAAAGUCCGCAGUCACCACCGCCAUCGCCUCUUCGUUUUUUAAAACGUUGAAAUCUCAGACAUCCUCCACGGUCACAGAAGAAUUCAUGAAGAAAUAUGCGACUUACAGAACCCACUCACGGAUAGAGAGCAAUGGCGGAACCCCAUACUAUCCCGGGAUGACCCUGCAGAUGUGGCAGGAUUCCAUUGAGAACCAUCUGAUUGCCAUCGACAGAUCCGGGCUGCCCCUGCACGUCUUAAUCAACCAACACACCCUGCCAGACCUGCCGUCGCCCACCGUCGCCAGGAUUUCCCAAGCCGUGGAGAAGGCCAUCAACAUGUACUACAUGGUCAACACUCACCCCGGCUGUGUCGACAUGAACUCCCCCAACUUCGAUUAUCAGGCCAAUCUUGACGAUCACUCAUGUGAGAGCCCGAACACGAACUUCACAUUCGGUGGGGUGUACCAGGAGUGCGUGGCUGUGUUUGGGGCCAAUGCCCAGUCUAUGUGCCCUGCCCUGGAACAGAAAAACCCGCUGACCGGUGGAUUGAGCUGCCCGCCGCAGUACACUGCCGUGCAACUCAGCACCCAAUUCAGAGAUCAGGGUUACUAUCAGAAUGAGUGUCACAGGAAAUGCCACGUUUUCUGUAAGAAGAAGUGCCACAACGUUUACCACGUGAGGAGAGUGCGCUUCACCACCUAUUGGUGUGCAGCCACUGGGUCAGUCCCCUAUACCUCCGGGCUCCUGUUUGGUGGUCUCUACACCACCAAAAGCAAGAACCCGCUCACCAACUUUCCAUCCUGCCCCCUCACUUUCUACGCGCUCUCACUUUUCGACAAUAUGAAGGUGUGUGUGAGCAACGACUUCGAGCUGGGCUUCCGUUCCUCGGUGCCUUUCGGGGGCUUUAUCAGCUGUGAAAGCGGGAAUCCGCUGGCGGACACCGCCGCAAGCAACCCCUCACUGCAGAGCUCUGUGCCGACCAACCCGAGCGGUUACAGCAAGAGCUGCCCUCGAGGCUUCAGCCAACACGUGGCCGACAUCAUCCAGUCCUGCCAGGUCCUCUACUGUGUCAAAUCCGGUGCUUUUACUGGGGGGGAGCUUCUCCCUAUCCGCCUGCCCCCAUUUUCCACCCAGCCCCUCCAGGCCGUGGGGCUGCCCAGCACUGAAAACUACACCAUGCAGUGGAUGGACGAGACCCAAGUCCCGACCCAGGGUCAGGGAGCAGGGUACACACGCACAGCCGGUUCAGAGAGACAUGAAUGAAAGGAGCAGUGAUAUUUCCGUGAAGCAGUGGCGGUGGGCAUCGCGGUUGCCAUUGCGGUCGCUAUUCUGAUUUUGAUCGGCUUUGUAAUUUACUGAAUCAAACAUUCCUGAGCACUGGGCUGAUCACACUCCAGCGCAAGCUACUGGACAACAGAGGAUGGGAGACUCAUUCCCAGCUACCAGCCUGCCGGAUCCCGAAAUAAUGAUGAUAAUAGUAAUAAUAAUAAUCAUGAAAUUAAUAAUAAUAAUGCUUGCAUGCAACAUAUCGUUGACAUGUCUGAAAGCGCUUCACAGAAUUUAAUGUAAAGUGUGGUGACUGCGGAUUUUGUGGGAGAUAAAUGCAGCCACUUGAGGAAAGGAGUAUCCCAUAAACAGUUGUGGAUUGAGUAACCAAAAGUUUUGGACGAAUUAUUAAUCCCAGGAAGCCAAUCGUCCAACAACCUUGUUUCUAGUUACAGCAAGUGAUUUACAGCAAGGUAAACAAACAAGUGUGGAGAAAGGCAACUUGAGUAAUGUUAGACCCAGGAGGGAGUUUAACCCGGGUCUUAACAGGUUAAAUAUGUUUCCAAAAGUAUAUUAAUAAUACCACCAAAAGAGUAAAAAAUAAUUUACACAAUAUCCAGAGAGUGUGGAAAGAUGUGGUUACUGCAUUCAGCUUGAUAACCACAAUUCUCCCCAGCUACUACCCUAUCACUUCAUCAUGCCAGAAACACACCAGAAUUCGUUUUACUGAUUCUCACGCGAAGAAAAUAAGACCAUUUAAUAAGCCUAUAUCUUAAGUAAUUGAAUUGCUUGUCCGGGUAACUUUUUGUAAAUUCUCAGCGGUUUGAGACGCCCACCCGACAUGAAUGUAAUUUUGUUGUUGUUGUGGAACAUUAAUCAUGUUAAUAAAGCUUAUAUUUGA